AUGGAUAUCAUGCCUUCCUACAACUUCCUUUUGGGAAGACCUUGGAUCCAUCAAGCUGGAGCAGUACCGUCUACACUGCACGAGAAAGUCAAGUUUGUCAUCGAUGGGGCUCUGCCGUUGAAUCUCCGUUCAAGGACCGGUGGAACACCGCCCCCGGAACUGCCAACGCCGGUCACAAGGCUUCUUUCAUGCAAAAACGCUGGCAAGAUAAUAUUCCAAGAAUACAGAGUUUUUGCCAUUGAUCUUAGUAAACGGGUUAAGCAGAGUCUUCACUCACAUAUGGCUGAUUUGGUUCAAAGACUAUCCAAGAAAAGGAGCGUGGAAAAGGAAAAGGAAAAAGAUAUGGAAAAGGGUCAAAAACACAUUGAUCAACUUAGCAACCUACCAGACUCCAUUAUUUGCCACAUCCUUUCCUUUCUCCCCACCAAAUUGUCAGUUGCCACCAGUACCUUGUCAAAGCGAUGGAAGCAUUUAUGGACUGCUGUUCCCGUCCUCUCCUUCAGUUCAGCUGAAUUCAUUGGUACAUUGGGCAGCUUUGUGGAUUCUAUAGGUAAGUUUUUAACCAACUGUCAAGCUCAAAAUGUGUACCAGUUUACCAUAGACUUUAAACCUUUCUUGGAAGUGGAUGAAGAGCAUCUGGGUACAUGGGUUGCUGCUGCAGUAGAAAGGAAUGUUCAAGAGCUGAAACUCAGCCUCAAUUUUUCACAUGUACCAACGGUUAGACUGCCUGGUCGUUUAUUUGCUUGCAGAACACUCGUAUCUCUCAAGCUGAUUGAUAAUAUUUUCAUCGAUCUCCCUGAAAAUGUUUGUUUACAAAAUCUAAGGACUCUGCAACUGGAGCGAUUACACUACGCAAAUGAAGGGUCUUUCAACAUCCUACUUUCUGGUUGUCCAGUUCUUGAGGACUUGGUUGUUGAGAGGAUUUUGGAUGAUGGGAUUCUUGAUAUGGUCAUCAAUGUUGCUUCAUUGAAGAGACUGAAUCUGAAGAAUUAUGAAGCUAAUGAUCACGGUUUACUGAUCAGCGCUCCGCUCUUGGAAAGGAUAGAGCUGUCGCAGAAGAAUUUUAAUGUUUUGAAUUUUCAGAUAGAUUCUUCCAGCUUGGUGGAAGCAAUCAUAGAUAUCCAUGUAACAUGUGAGCCCAUUGAAGCGUUCGCUAAUCUUGAAUUUCUUUCUUUAUCAGAAUAUGCCUUAUUUAGUAUGGCGUUUCAUGAGUUCCAUAAUCUGGUAUGCCUGGAAACUACAACAAGCUGUGCAAAUUGGGAUGAUCUGGAAGAGUUGCUUCACGGCUCAAACAAUCUCAAGACUUUGGUAUAUCACAUUGAAGUACCAAUACUCCACAGGGGUCACAACUGUGAUAAGUCAUUUUCGAAGACUGUUCCGGUGUGUGUGUCUGCGAGUUUGAAGGCCCUUAAACUGACGGGAUUCAUCAAUCAAAACUGUUACUGGACAUUCAUUCAAUAUAUGCUGAAGAACGCCAAAUUCUUGGAGGAAGUGAAGAUCAGGACUUCCUCGAUGUUGAAGAAACGACGCAGGCAUAUUAGAAACAUGUUGAACUGCCCUAGGGCCUCAACAGAAUGCCAGAUUCGUUUUUUCUUGGACUCGACAGACGAAGAAUAUCGGUUCUGA